GCAGAAGGAGAAGGAAGAGCUGGAGAAGAAGAAUAAGGAGCUGCAAGAGUCUCUGAACGAGGUGGUUCCAGCUAUGAAGCAGUUGGAGCAAGAGAGGUCUUCCCUGAGCACCAAGCUCGUCUUUGAGGAGAGCAAACGAAGGAUCUCUGAAAGCGAGCGUGAGGCUCAGGCGCAAGAAAUAAGGCUGAUGACAGAGGCAUUCAAGGAGCUGAAAGGGAACAUGCAGAAGUUGGUUCAUAAUGGGAUGAAGGAGCACAUCAGCAACUUCAUCAGUUCCAGCUCGUUUGACAGCAUCGUCAACCUGUACCGGCUGCCCACUGCCAUCAUUGCUUUCACAGACUGCAGAAAGAAGGUGAAGGCUGCAUAUCCCGAAGUGGAUGUGACAAAGAUCACCUUCGGCGAGCAAGAAGGAGGAGUAGAAGAGGAUGGCGAGAGCAUGUCAGCAGACUUCCGUCCUCAGAUUAAGCUGAGGUGGGAGGAUGAUGCAGAUGGUCUUGCUGUUUUUCCUCCACAGUUCGACUUCGAGUUCGUGGCAGUGGAGGAAGAAGGGGUAGAGGUAGAGGGAGACGAGGUGGAGGCAAGAGUGGAGGGAACUGAAGUGGGUGAGGUGCAACCAGCUCCAGAAGUGGAGAUUCAUCCAGUUCCUUCUGACGAUGAGCAGCCUCCUCUGCCAGACGAGCAGCAGCCAACACAGUCACCUCCUCCAGCUGAGUAGGAGCUAAUGCAGUCACCUCUCCAGCAGAGAACUCUUGUUUUUUAAUUUUUGUAGAACAUUGAUACAAUUUGUAAUUUUUCGUUGAAUGAAAAUGCAUUUUUAAAAUCAUGUGUUUGUUUGUGUUUGAUUUACAGUUUUGUUAUUAUUUUUUAUUAAUAAAAGAACUGAGAUUAU